AUUGCAGGAGAGUAGGGCAUGAAUUUGGUAAUGCCGUUCGGACUCACCAACGCACCGGCGACAUUCCAAGCCGAUAUGAACCACAUUCUACGCCCACUCUUGGACGAAUGUUUGGUGGUGUACCCGGACGACAUUCUCAUCUACUCGCGCGACAUGAAGCAGCACGUUGAACACCUGCGACGCGUCUUCGAAAUUCUUCGACAAGAGCGAAUUCGACCUUGAGAAAGUCCGAUUCCUAGGAC